CACAAGUCACAACCAGAAAAGCAGUACUCACAUGGACGUGAUUACCAUGUGGAUGUAAUCUUUAGAAAAAUAUGGCAGCAGCUAAUGCUCUCCAAAUCAGCCCAUUUUCUUCUCCUCCAAAGCCCAACACUACCUCUCCUCUGUCUCUCUUACCCCAAUGCACUUCUCUCAGAGAGCUUAAGCAAAUCCAAGCCUUUACGAUCAAAACCCACCUCCAAAAUGACAUCAAUGUCCUCACCAAGCUCAUCAGUUUCUGGACUCUCAAUCCUAGUGCUACCCUUAUGGACCAUGCCCACCAACUGUUCGACCAAAUUCCCCAACCAGACAUUGUGGUCUUCAACAACAUGGCCCGUGGAUACUCCCGCUCCAAUGCCCCUCUUCGGGCCAUUGUGCUCUUUUCUGAUAUCCUAUGCUCUGGCAUUAUCCCUGAUGAUUAUACCUUCCCUUCUCUUCUCAAGGCAUGUGCAAGCUCUAAGGCAUUGCAAGAAGGUAAACAAUUGCAUUGCCUUGCUACCAAACUUGGUCUCAACCAUAACAUAUAUGUAUGUCCCACAUUGAUAAAUAUGUAUACUGAGUGCAAUGAUGUGAACGCGGCUCGCCGCGUCUUUGAUAAGAUAGUUGAGCCUUGUGUUGUUUGUUACAAUGCAAUAAUCACGGGAUAUGCUCGAAGUAGUCAGCCCAAUGAGGCAUUGUCAUUGUUUCGUGAAUUGCAAGCGAUUAAUCUCAUGCCUACUGAUGUAACACUGCUUAGCGUACUUUCAUCUUGUGCUUUGUUAGGAGCAUUAGACUUAGGGAGGUGGAUACAUGAGUAUGUGAAGAUACAUGGUUUUGAUAAAUAUGUAAAGGUCAAUACUGCUCUUAUAGAUAUGUAUGCAAAGUGUGGAAGCUUGGAUGAUGCAGUGUCUGUCUUUGAGAACAUGUCUGUAAGAGAUACACAGGCUUGGUCAGCCAUGGUUAUGGCAUAUGCAACUCAUGGGCAUGGUUCCAAAGCCAUAUCACUGUUUGAAGAAAUGAAGAGGGCGAGAGUGCGACCUGAUGAUAUUACAUUUUUGGGUCUUUUAUAUGCUUGCAGCCACACUGGCUUAGUAAGGGAAGGUUGUGAGUAUUUCUACAGCAUGAGUGACAAGUAUGGGAUUUUGCCGGGUAUCAAGCACUAUGGAUGUAUGGUGGAUUUGCUAAGUCGAGCUGGUCGUUUAGAUGAGGCUUAUAAGUUCAUCGAUGCAUUACCAAUCAAACCCACUCCCAUACUUUGGCGAACCUUGUUAUCUGCUUGUAGCAGCCAUGGCAAUGUAGAAUUGGCAAAGCGAGUGAUUGGACGAAUUUUUGAAUUGGAUGACUCUCAUGGAGGAGACUAUGUGAUCUUAUCAAACUUGUGUGCAAGGGCUGGGAGAUGGGAAGAUGUGAAUUAUUUGAGGAAGCUGAUGAAAGACAAGGGGGUGGUGAAGGUACCCGGGUGUAGUUCAGUGGAGGUGAACAAUGUCGUGCAUGAAUUCUUCUCUGGGGAGGGAGUGCAAUCUGUUUCUACAGAUUUGCACCGGGCACUUGACAAGUUAGUCAAGGAAUUGAAGUUGGUUGGGUAUGUUCCUGAUAUUUCUUUAGUUUUUCAUGCAGACAUGGAAGAUGAGGACAAAGAAAUUACUCUAAGAUAUCAUAGUGAGAAAUUGGCUAUUGCUUUUGGGCUUCUAAACUCUCCCCCUGGUACAAAAAUUCGGGUGGUGAAGAAUCUACGGGUCUGUGGGGAUUGUCAUUCUGCUGCUAAGCUUAUAUCAUGGAUUUUUGAUAGGGAGAUAAUUCUGAGAGAUGUCCAACGAUUCCAUCAUUUCAAAGAUGGGAAGUGCUCUUGUGGAGACUACUGGUAGUAGAAUUUGUUCAGCCAAAAAAUUAUGUUUAUCAUUACAGAGAUAUCUACUGGCUUUAACUGUUAGAAUAUUCUCUGUCGCAUUUAGUGGAAGGUUUGUUCUGGUCAGAUUAAUUGCAUCUAGCAUCUCCACAUAUUUGACAUACUCCAGUGAUUUUCAUGUAAUGUGAGAGCUGGGAAGAGCAAACACAACUGGUUACAUGUUCAGGCUCGUAGACAUCCACUUGGGUUCAUCAUUGGUGUAUUUGUAAUACUGAUGUGUAAAGUUAGUGACAUGAAGCUGGUGUGGAUCAUUAACUUGCUAGAUUUAUAUAAUUCAUUACUCAUUGUUGAUUA